CGUGGUGUGUGUCAACGAGAGGCAGCCCGGAAGCGCGACCCCUUGGAAUUGUGCGUGUCGUGGAAACGCAGUAAAGUGAUUAAAGCGAGAUCUGAUUACCCGUGUGCAGCUCGGAGAGCGACUCGACACUGCUAACAGCAGACAGGCUCUGGUCGCUGCGUCGCUGUCUUGAUUAUGAUGCCGGCUCGCAGCAGUGUGUCCGCAGGGAUCCCCAGCAGUAAGGUGAAGUACUCCAAACUGGCAGACAGUGACGAGGGUUACAUCGACCUGCAGUUUAAGAAGACCCCCCCUAAGGUUCCCUACAAGGCCAUCGCCCUCGCUACCAUCCUCUUCCUCAUCGGCUCGCUGCUCAUCACCAUCGGGGCUCUGCUGCUGUCCGGGUACAUCAACGUCACGAACAAUGACCGGACCUGGCCCGUGCUCAUCAUUGGGAUUCUGGUUUUCCUGCCCGGGUUCUAUCAUCUGCGCAUCGCUUACUACGCCUCCAAGGGUUACCGUGGUUACUCCUACGAGGACAUCCCAGACUUCGACUGAGCGGCGCGCCCUCGACGCAGAGGCCGGCCGCGUCCACCGGACACUCUCACAGCGUUUUCAUUGAGCAAAGCGAUACGGGAGCCUGCAAGAGGCAGCGCCCGACGAGUGUUCUUUACCCUGAUAGUUCAUGCAAAGCGUUAUCUCAGUGAGCAGGGGUUCAAUUAGAGAGCAGCCCCGUGGAGAAAGAGCCCCCUCCUCCACUUCACAGUCCAGCGGAAAAAGAGAUCCAGCACAAAGAAGUCACAGCUCGUUAUAAUGAAGCAGAUGCACUGAUGUUGACAUUUGUAUUUGAGAGCUGAUGUGGUUCGAAUAUUGAUGAUAAUAAUAAUAAUAAUAAUAAUAAUAAUAAUAAUAAUAAUAAUAAUAAUAAUAAUGCUAAUUGCUAGUAAGAGAUUCUGUCCAGUCUGUGCUGACGCAGGAGUGUCUCUGGGUUGAUGUGCUUUCCCUGUGCGAUGCUUGUCCUGUGCAGAGUAGCUGCUUUUUCAUGCAUUUCUAAGCUGGCAGGAGUUGUUUUUUUUUGCCGGCUCUGUCUGCAGCUGCGGCCAGACGCUUUGCAUCACCCGGUCUGUAGAAUGAAUUCAUUUUGCUUCAUGAAGUCGAAUAAAAGCCGCUGAGUAACGUUAACACAUCGAAUUACACGCGGCUUUGCAGCUUCCCAUGUUACCCUCCAAAUACAUAUAACUGAGAAACGAGACGUUUCCAAAUCCAGCAGGAAAUACAGCACUGCCGUGCUGGCGUCUGGUUGACUUUUGUAAUCUCAUUUUGUAGUUUCUUUGAUUCCAGAUGUGAAAUA